AUUAUCCUGCCUUUCUCUUCUUAUUUCUUCUUUCUUUGUUUCGUUUUUGUGUGUGUAUAUAAUCUGGGUUUUGGUAUAUACUGUGGGUUUGUGUGAUAUCUAUUUGAAUCUUUCAUCAAACCCGUCUGUUUGUUUCGUUCUUUUGGAGGACUCGGUCAUGGAAGAGCCGGUCGUGGUGAACAAAGGGGAAGAUCAGCCUCUGGAUUUGCCGCCGGGGUUCAGAUUCCACCCCACCGAUGAGGAGAUCAUUACUUGUUAUCUCACCGAGAAGGUUCUCAAUAGCAGUUUCAGUGCAACUGCCGUCGGAGAGGCUGAUUUGAACAAGUGCGAGCCUUGGGACUUGCCCAAGAAAGCCAAGAUGGGUGAGAAAGAGUGGUACUUCUUCUGCCAAAGGGAUAGGAAGUAUCCGACGGGCAUGAGGACAAAUCGAGCCACCGAUUCCGGUUACUGGAAGGCCACCGGAAAAGAUAAGGAGAUUUACAAAGGGAAAGGCAACCUCGUUGGGAUGAAGAAGACCCUCGUCUUCUACCGAGGGAGAGCUCCUAAAGGAGAGAAAACCAACUGGGUUAUGCAUGAGUUCAGAUUGGAAGGCAAAUUCGCCACUUACAAUCUCCCCAAGGCUGCCAAGGACGAAUGGGUUGUAAGCAAGGUUUUCCACAAGAACUCUGAUGUCAAAAAGAGCCCAAUUCAAGGCCUUUUGAGGAUCAACUCUCUCGGUGAUGAUUUGCUCGACUGUUCAUCACUCCCACCUCUCAUGGAUCCUUCUUUCAAGCCUUCCUAUGGCGACGGUGCCUUCAAGGGGACCAACCCAUCCCCACCCGUGUCAUCAUCUAAACCAUCUGACGGCUAUUAUGUUCCCAACCUCUCCAUCAUCAACAAUCACCAGCAGCCGCCGCAGCAGCUGAUGAUGAAGCCUCAAGCUAUGAUGACGCCCACCAAUAACAAUUACACCAUCAAUCAAGCCACUUCCAAUUUCGUCAAUGACUCGCUUUCGCAUCCUCAGAUUCAAAUCCAAAAUCCGAGCUUCUCCUUUCAGCAGAAUAAUCCAGGCUAUGUGAUGAGUAAUGACCAGCAGCGGGCGUUUCUGAGGGCAUUUGCAGCCAAUAACAACGGCGGCUUGUUCGGGUUGGACAAACUCUGCAAGACGGAGCCGUUGGUGUCGUCCGGCAAUCAAUCUGUGGUGAGCGUGUCGCAGGAUACUGGCCUCAGCAACGACAGAAACGCCGACACUUCCUCGGCUGUUUCCAAGCUCGACAUGGGAAGGAACAAGGCAUUGUACGAGGAUCUUGAGGCUCCACCAGCUGUGCCCCUUUCUGAGUUGGAAUGCCUUUGGGACUACUGACGAAUCAUGAGAUAUGAAGAGCCCGCAGAGAGAAAUCAAGAGCUAGUUUGCCCGAUCGUGGUUUUAUAUACUUAGGAUAUAUUACCUCCAAUAUAUUGCAGACUUUUAAACAGGCUUUUUCCCCCCCUUCUUUUUCAAACACCGAUUUAUUAUCAUAUCAGACAGGAUAGGAAAGUUCUUGGAUGCAAAAAUAUACUGUAUAGAUUUCUGUUAUCCAAGUCUUUUCAGGGUAGAUUUUCAUCCUUAGAUCAUACCAAAGGACUUGAUGAACUCAUGUACAUCUAUAUAUUCUUUGUUUCUUUUUUUUUUUUCCUUUCUUUCUUAUAAUAAUUAGUGGGUUUGUUUUUAUUCUUUUAUUCUUUAUAUUCAGAUAUAAUAUAAACCGUUUUUGUCCAAGUUAAAUAGAUGUGUACGAUUCCA